AUGAAAUAAUCUAAUGCAUUUAUAUCAGGUAGUUGUGAUAGUUAAAUUAUAAUAUGGUCUAUGAAUCCAAGUAAUUAAUGGGUUUACUCAUAAAAAUUAAAUGGACAUAGUAACACUAUUAAUUGUUUAAUAUUAAAUAAUAAUGAAAAUUUGAUAAUUUCAGGUAGUGAUGAUAUUAGUAUUAAAUUUUGGAUGAAAUAGAAUAAAUGGACAUGUUAAUAAACUAUUACAGAUCAUACAUAUUGGGUAUUAGGAUUAAGUAUGAAUUAACAAUAGAAUAAAGUUAUUUCAUGUGGAUAAGAUGAUUAAAUAUUAAUAAUAGAAUAGUCAUUAUAAGAUUCUAAAUGGAUUAUUAUUUAAAAGAUAAAAGUUGAGAGAUAUGGUAGGAGAAUAUGCUUUUUAAAUGAUAAUCUAUUUACAUUCUAACCAUAUAAUAGAGAAUAAAUGCAUGUUUAUGAAAUGAAUAAUACUAAUAAAUAGUAUUCAAAGAUAAAAGAUGUUGUUGUUAAGAAUGGUGAUGAUAAGUAUUUCUUUCCUUAAUAGUAUAUAAAAUCAAAAUGUCUGCUUGUAAAUAAGCAUGCCAAUUAUGUGAAUUUGAUAAGGACAAACCAAAAUGGCGAGUUUAAAGUAGAAUAAUCAAUUGAAUUUAAAACAUAAUAUUUAUAUGGAUCUAUGAGUGACGAUUGA